AUGGAGAAGAUAUUUAUAAGGCUUCACCUCCCUUGUCCACAAGCUCCGUACUGGGCCGUUAUUGUUGGAGAGAACUACGAAUAUCAAGAUAGCGCAUGUCAUGUUUCCCUUGACUGCCUUCAGGUCAAACUUUGGAUAUUUCCGACCCACUUUGGCUUUUCCGGGGGACCAUGGAUCGACACUACCUUGGACGGCUUCACCGCUGAUGUAUGGAGUUCGAAAGACGCGCCGUGGUGGAUUAACUCUGUACGCAGCAACCUCAUUUCUACGAUACUGAAUGGAGAAACUGUCCUUCUUCACGCCAUUGCUACUAAAUUGUAUUUUGGAACAAUCUCCAAAUCACUUGAUGUGGAUGAAGAUGGCGAUGGAACCAUCGAUGAACAAGGUCUUUUUGAAGGUGAGGUUAACAAUGAGCUCCGAGCUCGCUGUUCAACGUCACAGUGGAACAUUGUUACUCCUUACGGCCGCAUGUAUACCUUUGGCCAACUCAACGCAGAGUUCCGGAGAAGUUGGGUAGAUGACAGGGGUACCUUUGCGAUGAUUAUUGGUCAAUGCAGAUUGCUGAAGUUAAGGAAGUCUACAGUCGAUGUGGACCAUUCAGUGCUAUGGCAAAUAUUCACUGCAAUAUCCUCUCUCCCAAACAUUGCGUUGAAAACUUACCGUAAUCCAUUAUCCCUCAUCGACAUAUAUGUCCCUCAUGCCCAGAUUUCAUUCAGCGACUUCCGCCUCCGCGAUGCAGAGUUGCUCCAUGAAAGUGCCGUUAAACUGAGACAGGAGUACAAUCAGUUCACUUACAAAUACCCCGGUGUGCUGGAAAACAUUGCAUGGGACAUUUUCAUAGGCCAUGUAUUAUCGUGUCUGCAAGAUUAA